CCAAGAAGAGCGACCCAAGCAAGCAUUCCAUUUUUCUCUCACAGCCCAGACGAGGAACCAACAACCAAGUCCAUUCUCAAUUCUCUCAACCCCAAUUUACUAACUAACGACGUACAUUUCCUCCUCCUCCUCCUGCUUCACUUCUACUGCACCACCAUUAACUUUUUACUAGAAGAAAGCAAUUUCAAACCCUCCUUACUCACUUGCUUGUUGGAAUUGUCGUCGUCGUCGUCGUCGUUUUUUCGGCCAAAGGGAAAAUUAUUCAACCCGAGAGAGGCAUCGUCGUCGUCAUCAGCAUCAUCAUCAACGUCCACCUUGCUUGUCAGUCACGUCAAUUGCGAGACUCGAAAAAAAACUAAACUUCUUUGAGGGAGAGUGAUUUAGUUCACGGGGAAGAAGAGGAUAUUUUAUAUAUCGCAAACAAACGUCACCAAGAAACGGCGAGAUAUUUCGUCUAAAACACUCCGAGUUUAGUUUGAAAAAUAAUAAGGAUAUUGUUGCCACAUUCUUAACGCCUUCUGAUUGUUCCUCCUUUACGGUGUGACAGUGAGUUUGGGAUUUGGUCAGCAAAAAUCAGAGCGCUAGUGACCGUUUUACGUUUACGUGUAGUAAAGUUCCCUAUCCGUUGUUCGUGAAAGUUUCUUCUGUGAAUAAAAUCGCAGAUUAGAAAGACACAGGUCGCCCAAACCAGUCUUGAAAAAACAGAGAAGACCACCAACGCCAACCACUCCCACCCCCAAAAAACCUAUAUACAUUUUUUUGGGAAUCUGUUUACGAAAGUCGGUUUUAUGGUGUAUUUCGUGGAAAAAUCCAAACCAGCAGAACUGCUUCGAGACAGUAAAGGAACGAGUAUACACCGCUCCAACAUAAUAAAACAUUCUCCUGAAAGAGAAAGAGUGUACCGCCCAUUUGAUCCUCCCAAAUUUUCUACCUCGAAAAUAACAACGGAAGGGCCGAAAGCAUUAGGAGGUGCUUCUCGUGGUUUAGGAGGCAGGGACGAGCAACGUUCCCAAUCCAGCAAGGAUAAAUGGAUUCCUCCUUCUGCUUUUAAACGAGAUGCACUUCCAGAAAACUGCGACGAUGUUAAAUUCAGAAAAGUCCGCGGCAUUCUCAACAAACUUACUCCCCAGACUUUCGACAGACUAAGCGAUGAACUCAUCGGGGUUGGAUUGGACUCACCUGCACUUCUGAAAGGUGUUAUCCUCUUGAUCUUCGAAAAAGCCCUGCAAGAACCCAAGUACGUGUCUAUGUACGCACAGCUAUGUAAGAAACUAUCGAAGAAAGUUCCGAAUUUUGACCCUCCCAAUCCAGACAGUGCAACCACUUUUCGCCGACUUCUUCUUAACAAGUGUCAAGAUGAGUACACUAACAGAGCUCGAGCCUCUGCCAUGUAUGAUCAAAGAACUGAUCGCCUCACUCCAGAGGAAGAAGAGGAGAAGCACAUUACAAAGCGCAAGAUGCUUGGCAAUAUUCAGUUUAUCGGUGAACUUGGCAAAUUGGAGAUGCUCACGCAUUCGAUCCUGCACAAAUGCUGCGAGGAACUGUUGUGUCGCCAAACUCGGACAGUCAAGAAAACGAAGGCGGAAGAUUUGGAGUGCCUCAGUCAGAUAAUGAGAUCAUGUGGUCAUUUAUUAGACAACGACAAGGGGAAAUACCUGAUGGACCAAUAUUUCACACGAAUGAAAGAAUUGACGCAGUGUGACAACCUUCCGGCAAGAAUCCGAUUUAUGUUGCAGGACGUGAUUGAGUUGCGAGAAAACAGUUGGGUUCCUCGCCAAAACACGUCAUCCAAGGAGAGUCCGAAACCUAUUGGGGAAAUUCGGAGGGAGGCAAGUGAUGAGUUGGGAAUUGUGGAUCCGAAAGGUGGAGAAGAUUUCAAUUUUCUUCAGUUCGGCGCGGAUCCCAAACGGAAUGGCCGGAUGCAAGGUCUAAAGAAAAAUCGAAAAGGGAUGGAAGAAGUCUUCGCUCCAGUUCCCUUUUCAAUGACCAGCUUAGGCACUGGUCCCGGUGUUAUCACUCCCGGCGGAGAAAAGCAAAUGGGAGUCGACAAUAAUGGAUAUCAUCACCACAUGAAUAUGAAUCCGCACAAUCAUUACAACAACCAUAAUAAUCACUACCGCCCAUCUGGAGGUAUUCGCAAUUUCAACAACGGGCAAAAUCACAUGCAGCCUCAUGGAAAUGGUCCUCUUAUCCAUCACCAGAAGAAUUCAAAGAUUAACCAUGCUCCACUACACUACGAAUAUCCAAAUCAACAGCUGCAUCACCCUCAAAACCGAGGAAAUCAUGUGACUCCAGUGAAUGCAAACAAUGGCUAUGAGAAAGCACCAGUUGCACCACGAUUUAUGAAACAGACAAGCAUGUAUCCUCCACCCACUACUGGACCUCACCAACAAAAUAACCAAGUUAACGAGGAGUUGUCCCUUCGGCCUCCACCCAGCUCGAUCAUGAAACGAAUGCCUCCUGCUCCAUUCAAAGGGCCUACAUUUGGUCCAACGAUGAACGAACCUAAUAGACUCAAUCAACGCUCACCACCUCAGCCUAUUCCACCACCACAAAUGGAAAGCUCAUCCUCCGAUUAUAACAAAAAUAGUCUGGAGAAAAAUAAGAAAGACAAGGGAGUGAACAAGGAUACGGUCCUGAAAGCUGUGGCUGAAGUGACCGACAAAAUUGAGGGCGCAAAUGACUUGGAAGUCGCAAUCAACUCUUUGAAGGAGAUGAAAAUUCAGGAAAAGUAUUACAUUGAUGUCCUUUCUUCCAUCCUAAAUAAGGCCAUGGAUCAAUCAGAAUCCCAACGAAUGAUUUUGUAUUCUCUGAUUAUGCAACUGGUGAAAGAGGAAGUCUUUUCUCAUGCUCAUUUCUUGGACUGCUUCCGCAAUACGUUGGACGUUAUGGGUGACCUGGAAGCGGGAAUCCCACGCGUUAAGACUUACGUAGCCGCAUUUACUGCAGGGUCCAUCUGUGAAGAUGUGAUGACUCUGGGAGAAGUAGCUGAAUGUACUGAAAAUGGGAGACAUUACCCGUUUUUGCUUUUAGUGUUUCAACAACUGGGAAAACAAAUGGAAAAACCAAAACUGUGCCGUCUUUUUGAAGAUAGCAAGGUGAAUCUUCUGAAUAUGUUGCCCAAGGCAGAUCGUAGCAAGGAUAGGUUGACGGAGAUCCUGGAAGAACGAGAAUUGUCGUUCUUAUUUCCCUUAAUGAAAAUUCAACAAGAUAUGGCAAAACAACUUCAAGUGAGCACUGACGCUGACAAAUUUGCCGAUUGGAUUAACGAACACGUUGAUCCGACAUAUCAUUCCUCCCAUGGGUUCAUCAGUGCUUUAAUGACCGUGAUUUUCAAAUACGUAUAUGGGGAAACAGCCGAGACGGUCGGAACAGAAGAUCAAGUGAACGAGAAGCUUGUAAAGGAGAAGGAGCUGGAGCUGUUGCAAAACUUCAAACCCAUUUUCUACAAAUACUUGCACGAUCACGUUGAUCUGCAAGUGAUUUCCAUUUAUGCUCUACAAGCUGCUUGGUUCGCUUUGAAGUCUCCAAAAGUGGUUCUUUUGCGAUGGUUUAUGAACCUCUAUGAACUGGACAUCAUUGAAGAGGACGCAUUCUUAAAAUGGAAGGAAGACAUUAGAGACGACUUUCCAGGCAAAGGACAAGCUCUCUUUCAAGUAAACCAGUGGCUCCUCCUCCUCCAAGAAGCAAACGAAUCUGAGGCAGAAUCUGACGAUGAAUAAUUGACUACUAUACUACGACUACUACUACUACACUACUACUACGAUUAUAUUAUUAUUAUUACUACUACUACUACGUUAUUAUUACUGUACCAUGUGUAAUGUUCAUCGCUCGAAAUUUUGAAAUCGACAGAUCACUUUGAUAAUAAAUAAAUAAGGGAAUAAAUAGAAUCUGAAACAUUA